CUUCAAUUCUUGAUUCAUCACAGAGGGGGAUGGAAAAUUCUUCCGUGGCUUCUGCCUCUUCUGAGGCAGGAAGCAACCGGUCACAAGAAAUUGAGGAGUUGGAAAGGUUCAUCGAUAGCUACGUUUUGGAAUAUCAAGUCCAAGGCUUGUUGACAGAAAAAACCGAAGGAGAUGAAGAGAACGAGAAAACACAGUCCAAUAUCUCGCAGUGGACCGUUGACUGUAAUGAAGAAAUAGAAAGCAGCAUGUCCAGCUACAGAGGCAAGGGGUCAGCACCCCAUAAUCAAAACCAGAAUGGAAACCAAAACAGCUCUCUGGACAUGUUGGGAACGGAUAUCUGGGCAGCCAACACUCUUGAAUCGUUCAGUGGGGCCACCUGGGAUUUGCAACCAGAGAAACUUGACUUCACACAGUUCCAUAGAAAACUUCGCAACACUCCCAAGCAUCCUCUUCCACAGAUAGACAGAGAAGGAAUUGGCAAAGGAAAAUGUGAAGAAGGAGAUGGAAUCAACUUAAACGACAUUGGAAAAGUUCUCCCAGCCUGGCAGGGUUGUCACCCAUUGCCACACGAAGCAGAAAUUGCACACACCAAAAAACUAUUCAGGAGGAGGAGGAAUGACCGGAGGAAACAAAGGGCCCCUGGGGGAAACAAGCCACAGCAGCACUCAGAAAACCAGCAAGGCACCACCAAACACAACAAAGAACACCAGAAACCUUCACAAGGAGGCCAAGCGCCACACUCCUCGGGGCGAUGUGGCCACCACGGCUACAGCCAGAACCGGCGGUGGCAUCACAACCAGAAACACUCUUCCAAUGACAAAGAGACGCACCGAAACACCAAAGAGACCGAGAAUCUAAAAAUAGAAGAUACUUCUGUCUGCACGGUGCACAUCCCUCUGGAGAUGCACCGCAACCACGAUGCCACCGAGAGGCCGUCGCCACAGUACCUCCAGGAUCCCGAAAGCAAACGGAAGGACAGCAUCCACGAACGGAAAAACGAGAGACCCAAAGUCAACUUGCUGCAGUCUUCCAAGGACAGGCUACGCCGGAGGCUAAAAGAGAAGAUGCCUUGUCUUUCCCUUUUCACGGAUCAGGACGAAGUGGUGGUGGAGUCCACAGACCCACAAAGGAACAAAAUGGACAAAUUAAUUGAGAUUCUCAAUAGCAUGAGGAAUAACAAUAGCAGCGGGGUGGACUCCAAGCUCACCAACUUCAUGGAGGAAGCCCAGAAUUCCACCAACUCCGAGGAGAUGCUGGGGGAGAUAGUCAAGACCAUCUACCAGAAGGCCGUGACUGACCGUAGCUUUGCGUGCACGGCGGCCAAGCUGUGCGACAAGAUGGCUCUCUUCAUGGUGGACGGCACCAAGUUCCGGAGUCUUCUUCUCAACAUGCUUCAGAAAGAUUUCACGAGGCGAGAGGAGCUGCAGCAGAGCGACGUGGAACGCUGGCUGGGCUUCAUCACCUUCCUCUGCGAAGUCUUCGGCACCAUGCGGAGUAGCACCGGGGAGCCCUUCCGCGUUCUGGUCUGCCCCAUUUACACCUGCCUCAGGGAGUUGUUGCAAUCUCAGGAUAUAAAAGAAGAUGCCGUUCUUUGCUGUUCAAUGGAGUUGCAAAGUGCCGGCCGGCUGCUGGAAGAACAGCUUCCUGAGCUGAUGACGGAACUUCUGGCCACCGCCCGCGACAAGAUGCUGUGCCCCUCGGAGUCCAUGCUGACCCGCUCCUUGCUCCUGGAGGUCAUCGAGCUGCACGCCAACAGUUGGAACCCCCUGACCCCCACCAUCACGCAGUAUUACAACAAGACCAUCCAGAAACUGACAGCUUGAAAGGCAGCAGGCGGGCACAAGCCCAGUUGCCGGGGAGCAAGACACGCACUUUAAAGAAACAACACACACAAAAAAACACCCAUUCAGCAUACUCUCAAAGGACGCUGGAGCGCUCCGCAUUACAGGGACUGGAAGCAGGGACAGCGCGACUGUCCAGCGGUCCGACUCCUAAAGAGGACAACCCUGCAAGCAUGUUUUCAAGAAUACGUUCAUUGGGGCGAAGCAUGUCUCUUUUUUUCAGUCGCGUCUUCAGGUGCCAGGCCCCUCCCUCCCCGCUGUGGUUUUGUGGAAAGCUCCCUUUUGAUGCGACCCGUGGCUCUCAUCAGCUCAACGUCCUGCCAAGCUAUUGUUGGGGCGGCUCAGGAGGAACAUGGCCGGCUGAAUAGUGACUUGGAGGGCGAGAACGGAUGGUUUCCGAAGCGUUGUAGCAGCUUGCAGUUGGCCAACUGGUUGGGGGAGGCAGGGCACAGCAGAUGUCUUGGGAGGGGAGAGGAGAAAGCGGGGGGGGGGGGGGACAAAGACAGACCUGUUCCACCCCAGAUGCUGGUAACUGACGGCUUUUGUCAAGCCGAAAGAAUGGCCUUUCUCCAUUCCUCUCCUCGUGUCUUCAAAGGUUGGUCUCCUUAGUUGUCCUCAGUGGCUCCCUACCCCGAAACCUCAUUCCAGAUUAGACAUUGAGAAGUUAUAUAUUUUUUUUCUUUUUCUGCCCAUUUUUUAAUGGAGGGGGGGAGAUAUUUGCAUUUGCACUGAGUAUUAUUUUCCUGGAUAGGUUUUUUUUUCCAUUCUAUAAAUAUAUGUACAUAUAUAUAACUCUGUAUAUAUACAUGCACAUUAUUCUUAUAUCAGUGCUUCCCGGGUAAAAUAAUCCACCGUUGGGUAAAAGUGAUUUUUUUUUCCUUUUUGGGUAAAAAGUACCCAACCCCCCAUUAUACUAGAAGAGAUGUCAAGGAGGCUGACAUAGAUGGAAAGGGUUUUGGUUUUUUUUAACCUACCUUGGGCUGAAAAGUGGCUUUUGGGAAUGAAAAAAAAUAUAUACAGUAUUUGGGAAGGACUGCCUUAGAUGAACAGCUUGCUGUGAUGGGAGAUGGCAGAAAACAAUACAAGGAUCUUGAAGGAAAGGGA